UGAGGAUCAGAUUUAUGAUACAUCGCCAAGGUCGUAUCAAGACAUCAUUAUGAAACUCUCAUUUAUCUCGCUUGUUUCGAGUCUCACUGCCGUAUUGGCAGUUAAGGACUACACAACAAAUUUCGAUUACCUCGACCUCGGCCCCCUCAAGCAGAACCCUCUCCGGGACCUGGAAUACGGCGAUGAAUUCCAAGUCGGUGCCUACAGUGUGCAAGCCUCGAAUGCGAAAACCAACGGCAAGAGACUCUUAUUCUCCGGACCAACCCCAGUAUAUAAACCAUUUGGGUCUAUGAAAGUUGCUGUCGAUGAUGUCUUUACUGUGAAGACCAUCAAGCUCGGAUGCAGUGGUCCCAAACAAAAUGGAAAGAAGGAAACAAUUCCCUGUGAUGUGGAAGUGACUGGCAUGAGGCCUUCGUUAAACGAAGUCUACAAGAAAGUCAGCUAUACCAAGACUGGGGAAUUGACGGAGGUGGAUUUAGAAGACGACUUUUGGGACCUGAGGAGUCUGUCGUUUCGAGUCAUUGCUGCUGGUCAGAAUGGGGAUGUGAAGGACGACGUGACACUCCUUUUGGAUAACUUCAACUAUUUCGUUGGCAAGGAAGAAUGA